GGCGGACCUGUGGAAGCGCGCUUCGCCGACCUGACAGCCGACCGACACCUCCCGGGCCAGCGCAGCCGACCUCCCUCCUCAGGCCGCCUCAGGGAUGAAGACCAUCCUCGCCGCCUACUCCGGUGUCCUGAAAGGCACUGGCUCCAGCAUCCUGUCUGCCCUUCAGGACCUGCCCUUGGCUCCGUGGCCUUGCAGAUCCAAGAUGGAGAAACAUCUUCAGGUCAUCUCCGUCCUGCAGUGGGUUAUUUCCUUUCUUGCCUUGGGCGUCGCCUGCACCGUGCUGCUGAUCUACAUGUUCUGCACCGACUGCUGGCUCAUCGCUGCCGUGUACACCGCCUGGCUCAUCUUCGACUGGAACACCCCAAAGCGAGGUGGCAGGAGGUCGUCUUGGGUGAGGAGCUGGACGGUGUGGACCUACUUCAGAGACUACUUCCCAGUCAGGCUAAUUAAGACCCACAACCUUCUGCCCAGCCGCAACUACAUAUUCGGCUACCACCCCCACGGCAUCUUCUGCUUUGGGGCCUUCUGCAACUUUGGCACGGAGGCCACGGGGUUCUCCAAAAAAUUCCCGGGGAUCAAGCCCUCGCUGGCAACUCUGGCUGGAAACUUCCGUCUGCCGGUCCUGCGGGACUACCUGAUGUCUGGAGGUAUCUGUCCGGUCAACCGGCACUCUAUCGAUUACCUCCUGUCGUGCAACGGCACCGGCAACGCCGUGGUCAUUGUCGUCGGAGGGGCGGCGGAGUCGCUGAAUUGUGCACCGGGCGUGAACUCCAUCACCCUGAAGAACCGCAAGGGCUUCGUGAAGCUGGCCCUGCAGAAAGGGUCCGACCUAGUUCCAGUGUACUCCUUUGGGGAGAACGAUGCCUACAAACAGGUGAUCUUUGAGGAGGGGACCUGGUGGCGGUUUGCCCAGAAGCGGCUGCAGAAACUCUUGGGCUUUGCACCGUGUGUGUUCCAUGGAUGUGGCCUCUUUUCCACUGAUUCUUGGGGCAUUGUGCCUUAUUGCAAGCCUAUCACAACCAUAGUUGGGGAGCCGAUCACCGUGCCAAAAGUUGAGGAACCUACUCAGGAUACGGUGGAUCUGUACCACGCAAUGUAUAUCAAGUCCCUACAGUGCCUUUUUGACAAGUACAAAACCCGCUUUGGUCUGAAGGAAAGUGAUGUCCUGCACAUUCAGUAAGAGAGAGCGAGAGCAACAGAGAGAGAGAGAGGGAGGGAGAGAGAUGCCGUGGAACCUCAGAGAGAGAACUACGACAGCAUCUUCAGACCAGCCUUGUCCACUCUUGUGCCUGACACUGAUCAUCUCCACACUACAAACUCCAUACUACAAACUUUGCUCAGAGCAUCGUCACACAUGAAGACGGCUGCUCUUCAGGAAGUCGCAAGUUUGAAGAAACGGUGGCCUGAAAGAUUGCUGUCCUCUCUGCGUUUGUCACCUUCAACGUCAAGUUGAUCAGCUUCGGUUGCACUGGCAUUAAGGGUCCCCGAAUCAGAAGUGUGUGCUGUUUCAUGCUUAUGUUAUUGCUGUUUAUUGUCAAGAGAUUGGGACACACAAUUUGAACUACGAUGAACUAUUUGUCAGAUGAACUAUUUGUCAGAUGAACUAUUUGUCAGUGCAGUGGGGGACGGUUUCCACUAGGUAGAGCUGCAAGAUAACAUGCAGAACAUUAAAGAAGUGCCAACGUUUUCCUUCACCCAUGCAUUCCUGUAAUUCUGCUUUUGGUCUGGAGAUCCUAUUAUGAUGGGACUCCGGGAAUUAUGCCAAGUGCACAAACAAUGCAACUGCAAAAGCACCACGUCACUAUUGGGUUUAGAAACCAAUUGUGUGAUUGAGCCAAAGACAUUACGAUGUUCCCACACAUGCACACCGGUGCAAGGUGGAAGUGAUAGAAAGCUACGGAGUGGAUAUACAUCGGGAAAUGUGCCAUACAUGUGUAACUUUUCGAACGAUGCCACAUAGUGUUAAUUGUAUUGUUUUUGAGUGGGAAAAGACGAUUUGUUCCUUUCCCUUAAUUAGUAUUACGAAUGCACUUUUGUAUUGCUGAGGACUUUUGCAGAUUUACUUCUCCAAAAGUGCCUUUGAUAUAAGAAUUCCCUGAGACGGUAAUUAUGCUGCUGGGCUUGAAAUCCACUCUUGUCCUCCUGGCGACAAGGUAUAGAUGAGUAUGUAUAGACGAUGAUCCUUCAAAAUAUUUUGAAUGUCAUUUUGAAACGUGUGUUACGUGGGUGAAAAUUGCAAUCGAUGAUUCCAAUGUAGUCUCUCUAAAAGCAGCGAUGCAGUUGGUGAUACGGAAAUUGAACAGGAAGGGAUCUUAUAAGAGAAUAACUUUAUUUUAUUUUUAUUGGUUCUGUUUUGAGGGUGUGGAAUGUAGCUGUAUAAGAGUAUGACUGUGCAAAAGCCAUAUCCCAAGAAUUGCUAAAAAUGAAAGCUUAUCCCAUGUUGUGAAGAUUGGUGGGGGUUUUUUUUUUGUGGCUUCACCAUUGUGACUUCUUGCAAAGAGCAGUGUACGACAGUCUGUAACGCCUAUGCAAUAAAUUUGCAAGCAAUAAACAGAAUAAGGCCUGUCCGUAUUGCGAAUGCCAUCAUGUCUGCUGAUAUUUAAAUUAAACUUUUUUACGU